CCCACCAGCAUCUCUACAAGCACCAUGCCAACAACCACAUCUGCAUCCACCAUUACAGACUCCAGCACCUUUGUGUCCUCCACCAGCAUGGCCUCCAGCACCUCUUUGCCCACCACCACCACCUCUCGUACCACUACUGACACCAGCACCUUUGCAACCACCAUGCCAACCACCAGUUCUGAAAACACCGUGGCCACCACCACCUCUGCACCCAUCACAACAGUCUCCAGCACCUCGGCACCAACCAUGACAGCCACAACCACCUCU